GAAUAAAACGUUGGGCGUAUAUGAGUACGUCCACGAGAGAUGCCGUCGUUUCGUGUUUCAAGUUUUUGCACGACAGCCGUGGGCCAAGCAACAGCGCACUCGCGUCGAAGUCGGAUCACAAUCUCCAAGAAAGAUUCGAAGUCGUUUACCGAUUAUCAAAGAAUCGAAAUACUGAAAACAUUCUUUCUCUUGAUGAUUUUGGCCUAACCUCUUCUACGACAAACCGCACACAGUAGAACAUGACGAAAGGUGGCAUCACUGGGGACGUGUUGGAAGCACGGACGCAGCCGUGCUCAUUGAUAUGACGCCAUUUUACUAACCUUUUCGGCGCGGAUCGCGACGAUCCACUUAAGGUGCUCCACUUCGUAUCGUUUCGAGAGCGUCUAAUUGUGUCGAUUAUAUUUUACAAGCUGUGUACGCUCUUUCAUAAUUUCAAGUGGUUCGUUCAAGCCGGAGUUUACCGAAAGGUACGCAACCCUCGUUGCACUGGGAUCAUCCUUGUGUGCAACAAAAGCUUACAGCAACAUUCUAUUGCUGAAACUUGGUACCACGACGUCCUGGUUACGUGUACACGUUCAUUGGUCUUAUUUUGACAUUAGUUUCGUCCUAGUAAACUGAUUUUGUGGGAACUUUAAGGCUGAGUCACUGUGGAGUGAUGAUCACAGCGAAGGGCUUCUUGCAUGUCGUACCAUGUGCUCAAUUUUGUAAUACCCUUAUCAGAGGUACUACCGCUGUAGCCAAGCAGUGCUACUAUGGAAGAUGAAGAUGGUGAAAGUAAAGUUAUGGAUGUGUGGAGCAUUUUGGGAAAACAGCAACUUAAAGAUAAUUCUAUUGGAAAUUCGUUGAAACCUUCAAUUGAUAAUGUGUACACUGAUGUAAUAGAAGAGGAGAAACAAUUAUUGCGGUACAAUUCUAUUGCAACCAAAGAAUCUCCAAGUAAAAAUAACAGUACAGGAUCAAAGAUUGUGUUUAAAGGUUUUAAGAAACGCAUUUUGGCACAAGCUCAAGAAAUACAAACGAAUGCGUCAAAAAGUAUAGCACAAGAACAACAAAUAUCUAAUGCAUCACCAAAAAGUAGUAAGGAGAAAAAGGCAGAAAUCAAGAGAGGCAAAAUAACCGAAUAUGCGCAAUAUUUGGGUCUUCAACCUUCAUCAAAGAAUAAGUGUUUAAAGUGUAAUUCAUCAUCUAGUUUGUGUUCUUCAUUAAAGCAAAGUUCGUGCACUUGUAAUUCUGCCAUGACACCAAUGCCCAGUACAUCAGAAUCAUCAGCAAUGCCACAUUCUCCUAAUUUUAAAAUUACGAGAAAAGUUUAUUUGUGUGCAGCCUGUGGCACGUAUUUUGAAAAUUGGAAUUUAUUUUUACAUAUGAGGGAUAUUCACAAACGGCAUAUAUGUUUAUUUUGUCUGGGAAUGUUUGGUCAAGCAGAGAGGUUAUCGUAUCAUUUAAUAAAAAAGCAUAGUGUUCCAGAAAUGGCAUUCACAUCUGUUGAAGAUUUCUAUGGUGCUUUUAAAGGAUCAUGUUACUUAGUUUGUUGCACUUGUGAAAAAGUGUUUUCAGAAACGGAUAAUUUUUAUAAUCAUUUUUGCUCAUCAACAUCCAAGCAGGAUGUUACUGCAUCCAUAUGCACUCUGUGCAGGCAAACAGGAUCACAUGCAAGUACAUGCAGUUUAGCUGUUGAUACCAGCAAAGAAGUAAAUUCAGCAUUACCAGUUAGUGCACAAGCAAGUGUAAUACCAACACACUUGCUUGACAAAGCUGUUAGUAGUGGAAAUAAAACUGUUUCAAGGAAACUAGUAAAAAAUAACAGGUCUAAACAUAUAGAAGACGGUGUAUCUAAUCAACAAAAAGUGAACACACAUACAAAAAAGACAAAUAAUAAAAUUCCUAUAUCUCAACCAAAUGAAAAUCAACUAUCGGAUGAAACCUUAAAUAGAGAUGAAAACUCUCAAAACGAAGUUACGCAUAACGUGGUUAGAGAUACUGUAUUAGAAACAAUAAUGGAAGUUUCAAAAUACACUGAAGAUUCUAAUGAUGCGAAAGAAGAAGCAAAUGAAAACGCGAGUUGUCUAAGAUCUUCUGAAUUGAUGCCAUCAACUGAUAUGAUUAGCCAUAAUAUGCCAUAUGAUAGCGUAACUGAGACCAUUAUGGAGGUAUCACGGUGUACAAACAGCAUAGAAGAUUCUGGUGAUACAUCUAAAAGAGAGGAUGUAGAUUCUGUUGAUAUGUUGGACGUGUCUGACAAAACAGUAACAGACUUUGAUGAAACAGGAAAAGAAAGCACAGAAUCUCUGAGUCCCAUAGAAGAAGCUAAUACAACAAAUGAAUCUAAUUCGACGCAUCAAGAAACAGAAGAAAGUGUACAUAAAAAUGAAUCAUUAGAGAUAGCAGAAACGAACGGCGAUUCUCUUUCUCAGGUAUCGAAAAGUCCUGUUCACAGUCCUGUCAGGUCGUUGUUUAGCCCGCAACACGAAUCACAAGUAUCAGAUUUACAGAAAGAAAAUACCUGCGAGAACGAGAAUAAAGAAAAUCUUGAUGUACCUAGCGAAUGUCAACCUACGGUGACGUUUAAUGCCACUGAAACUUCCGACAGAAGUUUAGUUAUAAAAAUAUGUACUAACAAGAACUCUCAGUUUUCAGUUGCGACAAAAAGCGGAGACGCCGAGAAUGACGAAAUUAACAAUAAAUCCGAGGAGAACAAUAACGCAGAUAGUUCGACGACAGAAGAAAAGCAAUCCAACGUUUCUGAAAAUGAUAGGGACAAUAAUAACAGCUAUCAAACGCAUAACGGAGAUAGUGAUUCAGACAGUAUGAAGUUAGCAGUGGUAGACAGUAAUUCCGAAGGGACAGAAGAAGUCGAAGAAGCUAACGAAACUAAAACGAUAGCGGAAGAUAAAAUCGAGUUUGACAUGAACAUUGGAAGCGAUGAAAACCAAAUAGAAAUUGCCGAAGAAAAGUCGAUAGAUGUAAACGAGAAUGGCGACCAAGACAUUGACGAAGGAGACAAGGAAGUUAGCCAGAACGAGGCAGAGAAUAUGGAUGAUACUCAAGUACAACCGAAUGAUGGCAUCAUGUUGGCUGGGGAAGAUGUUCCUUGUAUCGACCUUAACGUGGAUGGUAUUUUAGAUAGCAUAGAGAUAGAAGAUUUAUUGAAACGCUGCAUAGAAGCAGCCAGUCCCCUCUGUGUCUACUGUAAUCACGCACGCCAUAUAGCAGUUAACGGUAAACAAUUAGGAUUACACAUGCUCGCGGAACACAAAUUUCAACCUCAGCAUCCUGCUAUCAUUAUCCAAGCGGAGCAGUUUAUCGCCAGAGUGAAAAAGUCCCUGGACGAGUUAGAUUCUCAUUUCUUUAAUUUAGAUUCUUACAGCAGCACAAACGGUACGUACAACGUUCCAAGCGUCAGGACGUACGAGUGCUUUCAUUGUAGGUUUCAUUCUGCCAUACACAAAGAACUUUACUUGCACAACCGCAAGAUGCAUCAAAAGACAAUCUUAAUUUGUAUAAUGUGUAAAUCGACUUUCUAUAGUUAUAGCGAAUUACUUUGUCACCUGUGUCCCGGGACGUACUCUCCGAACAUCAACGUGAGGUACAGAUGCUGUUUGUGUCCCAUGGCGAACUUACCAUCCGCGUUUAGGCUGAUGGUGCACCUUCGCAAACGGCACCACGCGUGCGACGUCUGUUUGGAGUCCACUGGAAAUCAGCAGCGCCUUUCGAACCACGUGUGGAAGCACAAGCUCCAUCAUUUGUGCUACAGGUGUGGCAUCGCCUACAGAAAUAAACCGGACAUCACGAAACACUUGUUCUGGAAACACGGGACCGAAAGCGUACUCUGCAAGAAAUGCCUGCAGAAAAAGUGGCCGCACAUUUAUCAUUUCUGCAUACCGCCCACAGCUUUCGUUUGCGAGGAAUGUGGGUCCAGCUUUUCUCGAGCCGUAGCCCUGAAGGUGCACAAGAGACUACAUUCCGGAGAUCAUCCGUACAAUUGCAGCGAAUGUACCGAACGCUUCAUAUCUCGGAAACUGUUGACCAAGCACGAGAACGCUCACAAAGAACCGCCACCGACUAUGGCAAACCUAGCAGAUACCAUGAGCCAACCACCGAUGCUUGACGAAGAAAAAUCGGAUAAGGAAAAAGCGGUAAUAGUGGACAGCAACUCGGCGGCUUCUGAAUCCGCAAAGGAGGCCAAGGAACCUGUAAAAAAGGUCGUCGAUGUUUACGAUUUACCUCCUCUGAAUCUUUCUUCAGAAAGCGACACAGAUUCCGAGGAAGAAAAGGCGGAGGUCAAAGAACCAGAAGCGAACGAGAAGUCCAAACCGAGCGAGGAGGAUACAGCACCUGCCUCGGAUCAACCAAAUGCAGUCUCUUCCGAACCGUUAGCGGACAGCAUAGUGGAGGUCGAGCAGAACGAAGAAGAGAAGGAACAGGGUGCACAAAUCAUGGAUGGUAUUUGGGACAAUUUCAAAUCGUACACAGCCAGUUUGGAAAUGAAGGAUUCUACGACCAACUUCAUCAAAGAAACAGAGCCAGAAACCGACGUGGCGUUCCUCAGAAGCAUAGUGUUGGCUGACCACGAUUACUGCGUGGUGUGGUCUGAAAAGGAGAAGGAUAAAGAAUCAGAAACAAAAACGAACGACAAAGAGGAAGUAAAUAUGAGCGGGGACCAAGAUUAUUUAAACAAACCUCAGAGGAGUCCGACCGAGAACAACGGGACUCAAAGCGUUGUCGAGGAGGACCCGAACAAGAAGAAGGCUAAGAGUCCGAAGAAGAAGAAGCAGAACGGAAGCACCUCGUCGAGCGAUUCGUCCAGCGACAGCGACUCCAGCAGUUGUUCCUGCGGGACGAACUGCAGCUGCAGCAGCUCUUCGUCGGGCAGUUCCUCCAGUUCUAGCAGUAGUUCCGACUCGGACAGCUCCACAUCAGAGAACUCUCCGAAGAAACAAGCCGGCCGCAAAGAGCGAAAGAAAGAGAAGGACAACGCGCAAGAGUCAGAAGCAGGUCGUUUAGAGAACAAGGACGUUUCCGCGGAUAUGGAGAACGGAACAGCGGCAGUUCCGGCAGAGCCAGUUUGUCCGCCACUUCUACUGAGGGAGUCUGAUCUGGAGACCGAGGAAACAGAGACGGAUGAAGAUUUCUACGACGAGCAUCCUCAACAGUUGGCCAACAAGUUGCUCGCGGAGAAGCGGAAUCAGCUGUUGCUGUUGGCGGCGGUGGCCCCGGCGUCCGCCGAGUCGGCGAUGCCGUUGAACAACGGCCUAACGGACGCGGACACCGCGAUACCGUCACCGGACCAGAUGUCCACGACGGAGGAGCAGACGCAGCAGAAGAAGAAGGUGAAGACGAAGAAGCGGAAAAAGGGCGAGAGGGCAAAGCAACGGGACGCGGCGCCAGCCGUCGAGUCCAUCAAACUAAACAUUCCUAAAGCGUUUUACCAAAAGAACCCUAGUUACUCGGCCUCGUCGCCGACGCUGAUGCAGCAAACCCUGGGUGUAUCGAACGACGUGCACCUGGCGAACGCGUCCGUCGAGUCCCAGGCAGUCAUGACGGGUCAGAACAUCGGCGGCAGCGGCUCCGAGGCGGAGAACAAGCGUUCGUCGAAGAGGAAACGAGUGCCCAAAAGGUUCUACGGCGACUCCAGCGACGACGAGGUGGAGAAGCAGCCGGUGACGAAGUGGAGGAAGGCGGAGACGCCUUCUUUCGUGACGGCACCUAGUCUGAAGCCGUUGCCCUCCAGGCUGACCUUCGGGGGCAAGUCCGUGGCGUACAGGCCGGCGAUACAGGAGACCCAGCCGGAGAGUCUGAGCCUCGCCACGGCGUCCGCCACCGAGUCGGAGGAGCCGGCUGAAAGCAGCAGCGAUUCCAGCGACUCCGAAGUGGAAGCCAGCCAACAGAUGCAGACGCAUCUGGUGAAGAACCCGUCAGUGCCGGAACGGCCGGUUAAUUUGUACUGUUACUGUCAGUGUCCGUACGACGAGGUGUCGGAGAUGAUUGCCUGCGAUGCUGAAGACUGUCGCAUCGAGUGGUUUCAUUUCGAGUGUGUUGGCAUCAUGGUACCACCUAAGGGCAAGUGGUAUUGUCCGGACUGUCGGAAAAAGCACGGUAUCGUGCAGAACAGCGAGGACUAUUUUGACUGAUAGCAGCGGAUGGUGUCCGCUUGUUGAAUUUGCUGUUUAGGCGUACUUGAGGAUGGACGUGUAAUUGUCUCUCCCUCUUUAUUUCUUACCAAAUCUGGGAAGCUUUAUUUGAAAAGCGGUGAAGGUUCAAUAGUAUUAGGUGCACUAUGAAUUUGCUGAUUUUGUCUGUGUUUAGAAUAUCGUUACAUAGCACAUUUGUGUCAAGUUGUUACUUCUCCUUUUCAAAGUUGGUAAUUUAAUAUGGUACCUAAUACAGUUUUAUUGUUUAUAGUCAUGGGAAUAAAAUCUACUUAAAUAUUUUUAGUGAAAUUUUGGAAUCGUAGAUUCUAUUAAUACUUGACUAUCGUAAUUCUCUUUACGUGAACCAUUGCUCCAUUUUAACUUCUUUUAUGCGUUCUCCACAGUACUGGAGAGAAAUAAACAGAAUUAUAAAUUUCUCGAAGUUAAAUUACUUUUAUGUUUCAGAUAUUUGUUUGAGAGAUCAUUAUAUUUUGGCAGCAAAAAUUCAGCUGUUUUUAGGGAAAUGCAGCAUGCAAUGAAAACUUUUUAGCCUAUAUUGAACUACUUAUGUUUUAUGUUUUGUAGCAUGAAAACAUCUGAAAAGUGCAAGUGAUUUCUCAGCCUAGAUACAAGAACGAAAAAUUGAAAAGGUUCUUAACUAGUAUAAUUACUGUUGCAAGUAGUCAAUAAUUUAUUUAAAGUAAAAUAGGGCAAGUGAAAAUUUAAAAGAUAAAAUUCUUCCAGUGGAUUUAUUGUA